CUUUAUAAGUAAUAUUUUUAGACAUAAAGACCGGAUAGAGUUAAGUGUGUGCUAGUGAGUGUGAGAUAAGGCUUUCAAUAUGGAGAUACCCUACAAUUUUGAACUUGCAAUAUUUUCAUUUGCAAUUAUCUUUGUAUUAAGAUGGGCAUGGAAAAUCUUAAAUUAUGUGUGGUUGAAACCAAAAGAUUUGGAGAAACAACUAAGAGAACAGGGUUUCAAAGGGAAUUCAUAUAAGUUUAUGUUUGGGGAUAUGAAAGAGAUGAAGAAGAUGGGUGAAGAAGCUAUGUCGAAGCCAGUCAAUUUCUCCCAUGACAUGAGUUGGCCUAGAGUCAGCCCAUUCAUCCACAAAACCAUUACAAACUAUGGUAAGAAUUGUUUUGUGUGGUUUGGGCCAAGACCAGCAGUCAUCAUCACGGAUCCCGAAGUUAUAAAGGAGGUGCUGACAAAGAGUUAUGUAUUUCAGAAGCCACGUGGAAAUCCACUCACCAAAUUAAUAGCAACUGGAAUUGCUAGCUAUGAAGCAGACAAAUGGGCUACACAUAGAAGGCUUCUCAAUCCUGCUUUUCACCUUGACAAAUUGAAGCAUAUGCUACCUGCAUUUAAAUGGACUGCUAGUGAAAUGUUGAGCAAAUGGGAGAAAAUUGUGUCCAGAGAAGGAUCAGAGAUAGAUGUGUUGCCAUAUCUUCAAACUUUGACAAGCGAUGCAAUUUCAAGAACUGCUUUUGGUAGUAGUUAUGAAGAAGGAAUAAAGAUUUUUGAACUUCAAAAAGAACAACUUCAACUAAUUUUACUAGUGUCACGCACUGUAUACAUCCCAGGAUGGAGGUUUUUGCCAACUAAAAGGAACAAAAGAAUGAAGCAAAUCUUCAAUGAAGUAAGAGCACUGAUAUUGGAAAUUAUCAAUAAAAGAAUGAGGAUGAUUGAAGCUGGAGAAUCACAUGAUGAUUUAUUAGGUAUAUUAUUGACAUCCAAUUUAAAAGAAAUUCAACAUGGGAAUAAAAAAAUUGGUAUGAGCAUUGAUGAGGUGAUUGAAGAGUGUAAAUUAUUUUAUUUUGCUGGGCAAGAGACUACUUCAACUUUACUUGUAUGGACAAUGAUUUUAUUAAGUCAGCAUCCUAAUUGGCAACAUCAAGCUAGACAAGAAGUUUUACAAGUGUUUGGGAGUAGUGAAAUUGAUUAUGACAAAUUGAAUCAGCUAAAAGUAGUGACUAUGGUCUUAAACGAGGUCUUAAGAUUGUAUCCAGCAGGAUAUAUGAUUAAUCGAAUGAUACAAAAAGAAACAAAGUUUGGGAAUUUGUGUUUACCAGCUGGGGUGGAACUUUUGUUAGCAACAAUAUUGUUGCAUCAUGACACUAAAAUAUGGGGAGAUGAUGCAAUGGAGUUCAAUCCAGAGAGAUUUAGUGAUGGAAUAUUAAAGGCAACAAAAGGACAACUUGUGUUCUUUCCAUUUGGUUGGGGUCCUAGAAUAUGCAUUGGGCAAAACUUUGCUAUGUUAGAGGCAAAAAUGGCAAUGGCCAUGAUACUUAAAAACUAUGCAUUUCAUCUCUCUUCAUCUUAUUCUCAUGCUCCUCAUCCAUUAAUGCUUCAACCUCAAUAUGGUGCUCAUUUAAUUUUGUACAAGUUGUAGACAUGGUCAUGUGUUAUUUAUUUAUAUAAGUAAAUGUUCUUCUUCAAUUAUGGUUCAUGUAACUAGGAGUUUAAAGGGUUGGCAUAGCUUAUUUAUAGGUGACUUAUAUAUUCAUGUUGUGUAAGAAUGGAGUACUUUAUUUAUAAUAUUAUCCAUGUACUAA